UUGUGACGUUUGAACGGAACCCCAAAUUUUGACCGGUGAAACCCUAACCCUAAUGCUUCAUUCAAGCUCAGGGUUUCGCAGCCAUUGUCAUCUUCAAUCUGGAUUCAUUUCUCCAUUCAUCUAGGGCUUUUCAAUCCAUGGUUUGCAAAUCUUGAGGUUAACCAUGGCGUUACCAUUUGUCUCCUUACUCUCAUUGAAGCCCCAGUUUGGCCACUCUAGCUUCUGCCAUAAUGGAAUUGUUGUUGAUAUCAGGGAGCUGAAUAAUUUGCCAUGUCCAUGCAAUAGUACUUUUCGGAUGCUUCCUCACGUUUCUUCACCAUCCAUGAAAUCAUACAAUUCAGUUCUUGCGAGUACUUUUGGAACCGGAACCCGAGUCCACAGAGUGCUCAGCAGUCCUCCUGGUCGUUGGCAGAUUGGAACAGCCACAUUGCUUGGUCAAACUUCCAAUAUAUUUUCAGUAAGACCGUGUCAAGUAAAAAGUGAAGACUCUGAGGGAACUUUGAGUGGUGAAAGCAUCUUAUUGGAUGAGCAGAGCUUAAUGCGUGACCUGCAAAUUGCUAUUGAGGAGGAGAACUAUGCUCAAGCAGCCAAAAUCAGGGAUAGCCUCCGACUUCUCCAUGAGGAUAGCAAAGCUUCUGUAUUAGCAGCAAAUGCACGGUUUUACAACUCAUUCAGGAAAGGGGACCUGGCUGCAAUGCAAGCCCUCUGGGCAAAAGGGGAGAGUGUGUGUGUUGUGCACCCUGGUUUGACGGGGAUAUCUGGUUAUGAUCUUGUUAUGGGAAGCUGGGAAAUUGUGUGGGCAGACUAUGAAUUUCCCUUGCAGAUUGAGCUAAAAGACAUCCAAGUUCAUGUUAGAGGGGAUAUGGGAUACGUUACCUGUGUGGAAUUGGUAAAGACGAAGGGUAGGAGUUGGGGAAAACAAUUUGCCAUAAAUGUGUUUGAGAGGAUUGAUGGCCAAUGGUUUAUUUGUAUUCACCAUGCUUCACACGUCGAUUUGUGAAGCUACAUACCAAGUUACCAACACAUGAAAAGUCAACGUGUUGAUAUUAUUACAUGCAAGGGGAAGAAUGACCAUCACUUAAUUGCAUUUUCACUGUUGUACUUCACUUUGUAUUCUAGAUGCAGAGAGUUAAUUUCAUUCAUCCGAAAUUUUUUGUUAGUGAA